GGUGGCUCAGUGGUUAGCACUGCUGCCUCACAGCGCCAAGGACGUCUGUGUGGAGUUUGCAGAUUCUCCCCGUGCUUGCGUGGGUUUCCUCUGGGUGCUCCGGUUUCCUCCCACGGUCCAAAGUUGUGCACGUUAGAUGAAUUGGAUUUGCUAAAUUGCCCAUAGUGUUAGGUGGAUUAGUCAGGGGUAAAUGUAGGGGAAUAGGUCUAUGUGGAUUUAUUGGGCCGAAGGGCCUGUCUCCAUACUGUGGGUAAUCUAAUCAUAAAGUGAGAUUCUGUCCUUUUUGUCGGUGUACACUGCAUUAGCAGUUAAGAUCUUUAAAUUGGCGGGGUUCUUUCGAUUGAUUCACGCCGGGUAAACGUUCGUUUGUUGAGUUUGUCUGGGCUGUUUUAAAGCCCGCCUUUCCUCCUGCCUGUUACGGACAGAUCAGGCAAUGAUUAGAUUACCUACAGUGUGGAAACAGGUCCUUCGGCCCAACAAGUCCACACCGACCCGCCGAAGCGCAACCCACCCAGACCCAUUCCCCUACAUUUACCCCUUUACAUUUACCAAUUUAGCAUGGCCAAUUCACCUAGCCUGCACACCUAGUCGGGAAUUGAACCCGGGUCUCAGGCGCUGUGAGACAGCAGUGCUAACCACUGUACCACCGUGCCGCCCAAAUCACGCUUCCUGUCCGCGAUGACUGCUAACUAGGUUUUAAAGAGUUGCUAUAAAAUAGUAAAUUUUAUCUUAUUUACAGAAGGAUGGCAUUUUACGUUUUAAUGGUUACUUUAAUCUCAAGAUUUGUGAGGGUGAAUUCAGGGGACAUUUGGAAAUUGACCAACUGUCAUUUCCAGUGAACCAAUCAGACUCCAACAAUUCAUUUCCUGCCUUUUCUGUCCCUUCCAGUGCUGUCUCUCUGUGGGCUGAGGGACAGGGCUGUAUCCAAUCCCAGCUCUAGGGCGGGCUCUCCGUUCCCUUAAAUAGGCAGCACCGCAGUAGCCGCAUGAAUCUAUUACGGAAAGUCAAAGAGAAUGGCUCGAACCAAGCAGACAGCGCGCAAAUCCACCGGAGGGAAAGCUCCUCGCAAGCAGCUGGCGACCAAAGCGGCCCGCAAGAGCGCUCCGGCCACGGGUGGAGUGAAGAAACCUCAUCGCUACAGGCCCGGCACGGUGGCUCUGCGGGAGAUCCGCCGCUACCAGAAAUCCACCGAGCUGCUGAUCCGCAAACUGCCCUUCCAGCGCCUGGUGCGAGAGAUCGCUCAGGACUUCAAGACCGACCUGCGCUUCCAGAGCUCGGCGGUGAUGGCCCUGCAGGAGGCCAGCGAGGCUUACCUGGUGGGACUGUUUGAGGACACCAACCUGUGCGCCAUCCACGCCAAGCGGGUCACCAUCAUGCCCAAAGACAUCCAGCUGGCCCGCCGGAUCCGCGGGGAGCGCGCCUAAACGGAGCCUGGCCGACACUGCACAUUCACCCCGAGAGAGAGAGAAACACAACGGCUCUUUUCAGAGCCACUAAACCAUCCAGAGAGAGCGGGAAGCGAUCGCAGUCGUUGGAACUUUGAACAAUAUUGAAGGGGGCGGGCGUGACGUCAGUAAUACAUUUCACGGGAGUUAGUUGACACAUCGCACAAGCGGCAGUGAUUAGAAUAUACGCUGCUGUGGAUGUUCUGUAAUUUCCACAUGGCUUCAUUAAAGCAGCGCAGUAUUAAUUCCGGAUUAAAUCCCCUCUGUCCUCACUGUCUCCCUUGGUAUUCCCAUCGGCUGUUAACUAUAUGAUCAUUGCUGAGAUAGCUGGCGGGAAAACAUGGCGCCAAAUCGUCAACCGUUUUUUUUCAAAUUUAAAAAUCCGGCCGAAAUGUAGCUCAGCGACGGGAGCUUUUCGGAAAAUAAUGCAUUCAUACUUAGUCAUUAAUUCGCAAAUUUUCUUUCGGGUAAUGAGUCUAGACGCUAUUUGAAGUAUUCGAGAUUGUCUUCGGAGGGAGUAAAUACCCUUAUUCAGCCCUGUGAGGAUUUCAUGAACGUUCUUCGGCGUGAACGCAUUAAUGACGAACGCCGCCUUUAGGUAUUAUUUUAAUACCGUGCUCCCUUAUUGCAAAAGCUCCACAUUAACAAUUCUAGUCCGGCGGCUGUUCUGGUUUGAUCUCGGUUCGUUUUGAAACCUUUCUAACCGACAGCAGAAAGCCUCAUUUACAGUAUUCUGCAACAGAACCCGCUCUGAGUUUUGGAAAUUUAAAAUAAAAAUAAAUGUGUAAUGCGUCUACCCGUGGGUCUGUAAGAAAGGGAGCACUUCUUUUGUUUCCCAGUGGUGACACUCAGGGCUCACACUCUAACCGAGGCUAUCGCUCCCGGAAUUACCAAAUAUUAGAGAGCGAGUUGACCAAAUAGCAGCAAACAGAAAGAAAAAAAGAUUCACUGGUGUUCAAUAUGCUCCCUAGAGGCAGGGAGAAUAGAGGGCACAUUCUGUACUCUUGAUGCCAGCGCCAAAUCAACAACACCUUUCCUUCCGAUUUGAAAAGCCCGCCAUUUCACAAAUAACAGAGUAUGUUAUACAUAGAAAAAUUGUGUAUAAA